GUAUUACGUAGGAUAUAUAAUACAUACACAUUCUGUCCCUUCCAAUACGAAUCGAUCAACAUGAUUGCCUUUCUCACCUGUGUUUUUUGUGUCUGUUUUGCCUCUGCUUUCUCCGAAGUUUCUGCAAAUCCCACUUUAUUGUUUCAGGGGUUCAACUGGGAAUCGUGGAACCAGGACGGGGGGUGGUACAAUGCGCUUCUCAAGGUUGUACCUGACUUGGCAGCUGCAAACGUCACUCAUGUAUGGCUGCCUCCUCCUUCCCACUCAGUUGGACCUCAAGGUUAUCUUCCCGGAAGGCUCUACGAUCUCGACGCUUCGAAAUACGGCAAUGGAGGGCAGCUCAAAACCCUAAUCGGAGAACUGCACCGCCGCCGCAUCAAAGCGGUGGCGGACAUCGUGAUCAACCACCGGACCGCCGAGAAGAAAGACGGCCGGGGAAUUUACUGCAUCUUCGAAGGCGGAACCCCCGACGGCCGCCUCGAUUGGGGGCCGUCGUUCAUCUGCAGAGACGACACGGAAUAUUCCGACGGUGCCGGAAACCUAGAUUCCGGCGCUGGGUACCCUCCGGCGCCGGAUUUGGACCACCUGAACCCGACGGCGCAGAAGGAGCUCUCCGAUUGGAUGAACUGGCUGAAAUCGGAGAUCGGAUUCGACGGGUGGAGAUUCGAUUUCGUUAAGGGGUACUCGCCGGAGGUGAUGGCGAAGUACAUGAGCAACACCUCGCCGGAGUUCGCCGUCGGGGAACUGUGGAAUCCGCUGGCGUACGGCGGCUCCGACGGGAGGCCCGAUUACGACCAGGACGGGCACCGCCGCGAGCUGGCGGCGUGGGCGAAGAACAGCGGCGGCGCAAUUAGGGCUUUUGAUUUCACGACGAAGGGAAUCCUCCAGGCGGCGGUGGAGGGCGAGCUAUGGCGGCUGAAAGAUCCGGCCGGAAAGGCUCCUGGAUUGAUUGGAAUCCAGCCGGAAAAUGCAGUGAGUUUCAUCGAGAAUCACGACACCGGAUCGACGCAGAGGAUGUGGCCAUUUCCGGCGGACAAAAUCACGCAGGGAUACGCUUACAUCCUCACUCACCCCGGAGUUCCAUGUCUGUUUUAUGACCACUUGAUGGAUUCGGGAAAGAAGGAGGAGAUACUGAAGCUGGUAGAGGUGAGGAUGAGAAGCGGAAUCUCGGAGACUAGCGCAGUGGAGAUUCUGGCGGCGUACGGAGACUUGUACGUGGCGAAGAUUGACGAUAAGGUUAUUACUAAGAUGGGGCCGCGGCUGGAUCUCGGAAACCUAAUUCCGCCGGAUUAUAAGGUUUCCACCUCUGGAAGUGACUAUGCCGUUUGGGAGAAACAGACCCAUGGAUAGAUACUGAUGCUUGAUCAAUUAAUUAAUUCAUUGGCUAAAUUGCAUCAAAUUUCUUAUGGUUUCAUAAAAUUGUGCAAAAUUUUUUGUAUUUUUAAAAUUGCAUC